AUGCAGACUCAAAUCGUUGGUAUAGUCCUGUCUGUGAUCGGCUUCUUUGGCACCAUCCUCAUCUGCGCUCUGCCCAUGUGGAAGAUGUCUGCCUUCAUCGGGAGCGACAUCGUCACGGCGCAGGUCUUCUGGGAGGGCAUCUGGAUGAACUGCGUGAUCCAGAGCACCGGCCACUCUCAAUGCAAGGCCUACGACUCCAUCCUAGCCCUGCCGGAGUCCCUGCAGGCGGCCCGGGCCAUGAUCUGCGCCUCCAUCGGGGUGAGUCUGGCGGCAAUCGGGCUCACGGUGGUCGGAGCCAAAUGUACUAAUUUCUACAGAGACGAUCGAAGGAUGAAGGUCAAUAUUGGACUUUCUGGGGGUGUGGUCUUCAUCGUCGCUGGGGCUCUCUGUGUCAUACCUGUAAGCUGGACCGCGCAUAACAUCAUCACUGGAUUUUAUAACCCUUCGACCUUUGAGGGACGGAAAGGAGAGCUGGGAGCGUGUAUUUAUGUGGGUUGGGCGUCAGGGGCUUUGCUGAUCAUCGGGGGAAGUGUUCUCUGCAGCACGUAUGGAUGUUGA